AUGAGGUGGAAGAGCAAGGCUUGGGCUGUUUUGGGCACUGUUGCAGCUGUGGAGGAGUUGAAAGAAAAGAGUCUAAGCAAAUGGAGAUCCCUGCGGAGCUACCAACAUGCACUAAUUAACAACAUUAUGCCACUGUCUACACAAGUGGGAAAAUCUUCUUCGUCUACAUCUUCAACAAUGGAGUCAAAGAAGAAAUAUUGCAAGCAGAGGACUCUGAAUCUGAAGCAAUCAGAAGAACCACUUAGACUAAUUAUGUACUUGAGCUGUUGGGGACCCAAUUGA